CUGAGAAGAACCGUAGAAAAAUGGCCGAAAGACUUCUCAGCAAGAUCGAGCAAUCGGGUGAUUAUAGGCAGUUUUUGGACUGCCUUGAAGAAGAUUAUGAUGAUGAACACACGGGACACACAUACAUUGUUUCAUUACUCAAUGGAAAACAGUUCGGAAAGAAGGAGGUGGAAAAACACAUUGAAUCAGAGAAAAUUAUGAAGAGUACAACACAAAAAGGUGGAUUUGUUAUAGAUCAAUUAGAUCCAAAAAGUUUGUUGCCGUAUCUUAAAGUCUAUAAACUGGUCACCAGUAACGAGGAGGAAGAGAUGUUAUUAGAAGGAAAAACUCGUAGGGAUAAAGCGAUGCGACUUCUCGCAAUUCUCAAAACCAAAGGCCCCACCGCUCAUCACGUUUUCCUGCACGAUUGUUUAGCUGGAAAAGACGCAAAUCAUAUUCACCUUUAUACUUUGCUAACUGAAUCUGACUCACCUUACACCAGAAAGAGAAAAACAUUUGCCCACAGCUCAAUUGCUCCCCCUACGAAGGCACAACGAGUAACAAGUGUUCAAAGUGCAAUAUCUGCUCCCCCUACAACUUUACUAUGGUCACAACUCCGCCUUUUACAGCUGCCUAAAGGUAUCACACAAGAAUGCUACAUAACAAAAAUUUCAGGAAUUCGACAAAAUUUCUCGACUGCUAUGAAUUCGUUACAAGCUGAAAUGAACUCACCAGAUAAUUCACGGGAAGCCAGAAUCGCAUUCUGCCUGGAAAAGUGCUUCUUUUACGUAAAUAACAUAAAGGAAACUGAGCGCAUUGUUUCUCAGGCAAGGAAAAUGAAUCUUGCCGGUAGUAAUAGUCAAGUUCUAGAAAGUCGAUGUGAGCUAGUGCUGAGACGGUGCUACACCAAAUGUAAAAAAUAUGACCAAGCCAAGAAAUGUCUGAACUAGAGCACUAAAGUGCAAACCCUCGGCUGGUGACAUGAUUAUAAAGAAACCAGAAGACUGAUAUAAUGCAGUGCAUAUAGUGAUGUUGUUAUCAUCAUCAUGCAUGACUUGCACAGCAACUCAGGAGCAAUAAAACUAAACCAGACUGGAGGCAUGCUGAAACAUUAAUUUUGAGAACAGGUAGUAGUACUAUAAAUAUAUGCACUGUGGAUUAGGAUCACAGCAAAGAAGCAUGGAGUCUCAGAGAAGUAUGGCUCCAGGUCCUGCAUGGAUCCCAGUCAGCUAAAGCAAGCUUUCUGGUUUAGUGACCCUGUUCCAAUAUUGUUCCUGGUAUAUACAGCUUUCUACUUUAGUGACCCUGUUCCAUUGUUUCUGGACCUGGUACAGGAUCACUUCAGUUAUAAGUAACGCAUGUGCAAGUUCUGUUCAAGCUACAUUUUGCUCGCUUUUAUUAGACAACAAAGCUUUAACACCGAAAGCUGCCACUAUUAGAAGUACUGGCUUGUUGUGUGGAGGCUACCCAUGCUGUAAACGCAGUGCUAGAGCAUCCAGGUAAGCAGACCCAGUCACAAGCUUCUUAGCUUUUGCUCGUUUUUAUUUGACAACGAAGGUUUAACAUGAAAUUCUGCCACUAUUAAAAUUAAUAACUUGUUGUAUGAAGGCUAUCCAUGCUGUAAACGCAGUGUUGUGGCAUCCAGUUGAGUAGAUUCACCUGUCACAAACAAACAAACAAACAAACUAGAGCACUAAAGUGCAAACCCUCGGCUGGUGACAUGAUAAUAAAGAUAAUGCAGUGCAUGUAGCAUGUAUGACCAGCACAGCAACUCAAUAGCUAAACACUGGAGGCAUGGCAUGCUGAAACAUUGAGUGGUACAUGUCACAUGAGACAUGCACUGUGGACUGGGAUCACAGCAAACUUGCCACGUGGCCUGGAGUCUUAGGCUUAGAGAGUCCUGCCAGGCUGGAGUAU